AACAAAAAAUAAAAAAGUGAAGGUCUUGAAACUUCUCUUCUUCUUCUUCUUUUGCUUGUGGUUUAGGUUUUGAGAGAACUCAGAAGCGUCAAAAGGUGUCUGGUGUAUUGCUUAUAUAGCUGUUGCAAUCUUUGCCUCUUUUAGAAUUUUUCACUCUGUGUGUUCAAUUUAAGAGCUUUUGUGGAGAGGUUUGCUUGCUUGCUACAAUGGGUUACGCUCAGCUUGUUAUUGGUCCAGCAGGCAGUGGAAAGUCAACUUAUUGCUCGUCUUUGUAUGAACAUUGUGAAACUAUUGGUCGAACGAUGAAUGUUGUUAACCUUGAUCCUGCUGCGGAAAUCUUCAACUAUCCUGUGGCUAUGGAUAUCAGAGAACUUAUCUUGGAAGAUGUUAUGGAUGACCUAAAGCUUGGUCCUAAUGGUGGUCUGAUGUAUUGCAUGGAAUACCUUGAGGAUAGCUUACAUGAUUGGGUGGAUGAAGAACUGGAGAACUACAGGGACGACGAUUACCUUAUAUUUGAUUGUCCAGGCCAGAUAGAGCUGUUUACACAUGUUCCUGUGCUCAAAAACUUUGUGGAGCAUCUGAAACAGAAGAACUUCAACGUCUGUGUUGUUUAUCUGCUUGAUUCACAGUUCAUAACAGAUGUAACCAAGUUUAUCAGCGGUUGCAUGUCAUCUCUCGCGGCAAUGAUCCAGCUUGAGUUGCCACAUGUAAACAUCCUCUCAAAGAUGGACCUCUUGCAGGAUAAAAGCAACAUUGAUGACUACUUGAAUCCGGAGCCUCGAACAUUGCUGGCAGAGUUGAACAAAAGGAUGGGUCCUCAAUAUGCAAAACUGAACAAAGCCUUGAUUGAGAUGGUGGGAGAGUAUGGGAUGGUGAACUUCAUACCCCUUAACUUGAGGAAAGAAAAGAGCAUUCAAUAUGUUCUGUCCCAAAUCGACGUUUGUAUUCAGUUUGGAGAAGACGCUGAUGUGAAGAUCAAAGAUGAUGACGAUGACUUUGGUGGCGAUGGUCCUGUUGCAUAAAUUGUAUUCAGUGUUUACUACUUUUGGCUUAAAAUUGUAAACAAUCUUGGUCUCAUUUCUUCUUGUCAGAGAGAUCUUUGUGAGAAGAGACCUACUUUAUUGCUGACCAUUAAAAGCUUUAACUGAAAGAUAUUCAAAAUGGUCAGAAUUUCGCAAACAAAACUAUAGAUUCA